AUGGAGAAUAGUGACGGGGACGCUUCCCAGGCCCUCUUCUUCCACCCCUUCACCCAUGGCUCCCAGGUCCUCCUGGAUGAGUUCCACCAUGUGGCUGAGCGGGACAGCAGCUUCCAUGAUGGCAUCGUCUUCACCAACCGGCCCAUCCAGCUCCACGAGAAGGUGACGCUGAAGAUCUUGAAGAAGGAGGCCCAUUGGCAUGGGGGGCUGAGGGUGGGCUUCACCUCCAUGGACCCCUCCAAGAUGGACCCUGGUCACCUCCCUCCAUUUGCGUGCCCCCACCUGGUCAUGCAGGGGAAGACGUGGGCUGCAGUCCUGCCAGACCAGUGCAUAGAGGAAGGCACCAUCCUCAUGUUCUGGGUGGACCACAGAGGCAGAGUUUUCUUCCGCAGCCAGCAAGAGGCCCGGAAUUUGCCCCUGCUGACGGGCGUCCCCGUGAGAGGCCGUCUCUGGGCCAUCAUUGAUGUCUAUGGACAGACCAAGGCGGUCCAGCUUCUGGAUCCCACAAGGCCCCGUGGAGGCAUCUGUGAUCCCGCCCCAGCCCCCAGGCCGUCGUAUCCUGCCAGGCCUCAUGCGCCGGCGUGCAGAGAUUACAGCUCUCUCCUGGGAGGCGACGUGGAGGAGUGCGUCAUUUGCUGCUCACACGAGGCCAACGCUCUGCUGCAGCCCUGCGGCCACGCCACCCUCUGCCACUGUUGUGCCCAGGAGGUGUUCCACAACAACCAGCCUUGCCCCUUCUGUCGGGAGCAGAUACAGGACAUCGUCCAGGUCAUCCCGGGAGCUCCAGCUCCUGUCACAUGUCUGCCUGUUGGGAACCAACUGUGGCCAGGAGGAUGGAUGGGCGGGGGUGGGGGAGUUUCUGCAACCUGCCCCAGUGAAGAGUAG